AAUGGAGAUCGGUUUUCCUACCAGUGUCUAACACUUCCACUUAUAGUCAUAGUGCUAGAGUCUUUUGCUAAGUAAAAAUACAAUGGCUUCUAAGGUUUUCUUUCUGCUGGGUCUUUUAUUUGCCAUUGUUCUUGUUAUCUCAUCCGAGGUGGCAGCUAAAGACGUUGCCGAGACUUCCACUGACGAAAAUGCAGUGGAUGCCGCUGAUGAAAAGGCCAAUGGGGUGGGCGAUGCAAAACACGGUGGAUAUGGAGGAUACCCUGGCGGAGGCAACUACGGCGGUGGCCGUGGUGGUGGCGGUGGCCAUGGUGGUUACGGUGGUGGUGGCGGUUAUGGCGGUGGUUCCCGUCGUCGUGGCUGCUACCAUGGUUGCUGCAGGCGCAAUUAUUAUGGAAAAGGCUGCUCAAGGUGCUGCAGUUAUGCUGGCGAAGCUGUUGAUCAUGAAGUAGCCGCAGCCAAACCCAACAAUUAAGGCAGCUCAUAUGCAACCUAUCUAGAGUUUAAAUAUAUACAUAUACGUAUAUAUUUCUAUGUAUAAUAAGCAUGAAUGUAAGAAUGUAUGGUUCUUUAUUCGUGCAUGGUUUUGUAUACCACUAGUGGUAUACUCUAGCAGCUUGUUGCAUGUAAGAAUGUAUGGUUCUUUAUUCGUGCACGGUUUUGUAUACCACUAGUGGUAUACUCUAGAGCUUGUUGCACUUCUCAAUAAGUACUCGUACUAUAGUCAAUGAAAUGCUUGUUGACUUUUAUUCCCA